AUGGACUGGGAAACUUGGUGUAGUAAUCCAGUAAUGGCUUGCAUGUUGCAGUUUUUCGGUAAAAUCAAUUUGGGGUGGGGGUGGGGGAUUGUACAUGCCAGUCUCACAAUUUGGUUCUGGGUUUUGACGGAUUUGCCCUGGUGGAUGUACACCUGUUCAGUGUUGCUGUUGAGUGAAGUUGGUGAACGAUAUAAUCUUUUGGAUCGAGUUGGAAAAUCAUCUGGUUGUUUUUCUCCUUUGAGGUUUGACGAUUUUGCCCUUGCUGGUGCUAUGAGAAGACAUGAAGUCUUGAUACUAUUCAGAACGAUAUGUGAGUAUGCCGAAGAGAAAACCAUUCCCGCGAUACAAACAAUAGAAAUUAUGGGCGACAAGUACAUUGAAAAGAGAGCAGGGGUUCGUUGCAAUGAAAUAUUUCACAAUCUUCGUAUGGACUUGGUGGAACACAUUUACGGGAUUCAACACAUUAACCUCAAUUUUGAUCCGGAGGAUGACCCGAAUGACGAGUUCUCAGAGGACGACUUCAUAAAUUUAUCCACACACGCAUACCAAGGAGCUCUAAGAUCAUGCAGUGGAGGGAUCAGCAGUAGCUAUGCCAGAAGCAACAGCAUUAGUGCUGAUAUGCCGUUAAACAGCGAUGUUUUUGCAGUUCCUCCUGGUUAUAAUUCUCCUCAACAGGUUCACAUAACACAAGGGGAUCACGAAGGUAAAGGAGUAAUUAUUUCUUGGGUCACACCGGAUGAACCUGGUUCAAGUGAAGUGAUUUACUGGGCUGAGAAUAGUGAGCUAAAAAAACACGCAGUAGGAACCGUUGUCACCUACAAGUACUACAAUUACAGCUCACCGUACAUCCAUCACUGCGCCAUCAAGAACCUUGAAUACGACACCAAGUACUUUUACGAGGUCGGAAUUGGAAACACUAAACGACAAUUUUGGUUCACUACGCCACCUGAAGUGGGCCCCGAUGUGCCUUAUACUUUCGGUCUUAUUGGUGAUCUUGGUCAAACAUUUGACUCGAACCGGACUUUGACUCAUUAUGAGUCAAACCCGGCAAAAGGGAAAGCCGUGUUGUUUGUUGGAGACCUUUCUUAUGCGGAUGCAUACCCGUUGCAUGAUAAUAAUAGGUGGGAUUCAUGGGCAAGAUUUGUUGAAAGAUGUGUUGCUUACCAACCAUGGAUUUGGAGUGCCGGGAAUCAUGAAAUCGAUUUUCUUCCUGAAUAUGGUGAGACAGAGCCAUUCAAGCCUUACACACACCGGUAUUAUGUACCAUAUAAAUCAUCCGGGAGCACAUCUCCUCUUUGGUACUCAAUCAAGAGGGCUUCAGCAUACAUAAUUGUCAUGUCUUCUUAUUCAGCUUAUGGAAUGUACACACCACAGUAUAAGUGGCUCAUGAGUGAGCUACCAAAAGUGAACAGAAGUGAGACACCAUGGCUAAUUGUUGUUAUGCAUUGUCCAUUAUACAGUAGCUAUGUGCAUCAUUACAUGGAAGGUGAAACAAUGAGAGUGAUGUAUGAACAAUAUUUUGUUCAGUACAAGGUUGAUGUUGUGUUUUCGGGACACGUUCAUGCAUACGAACGAACUGGACGUGUAUCGAAUAUUGCUUACAACAUUGAAAACGGAUUGUGCACUCCUAGAAAUGAUGGAUUAGCCCCUGUUUACAUAACCAUCGGGGAUGGAGGAAACCAAGAAGGAUUACUCUAUGAAAUGGUUGAUCCACAACCAGGGUAUUCAGCAUAUAGGGAACCGAGUUAUGGGCAUGGGAUAUUUGAUAUCAAGAACAAGACUCAUGCAUAUUUUGCAUGGCAUCGUAAUCAAGAUGGAUAUGCUGUGGAAGGAGACUCUUUAUGGUUUGAGAAUCUAUACUGGAAAUCAUCACACGAUUCAUUGGCUACAUCAUUCUGAGUGGAACUUCAUGAUCAUAACUUUGAAAUCCACAAAUGAAUACGUUCAUACGAAUUGUCAUAUGAUGUUUGUAAUAAUGG